UAAACCAAAUCUCAUUACCAAAAGAAAAAAAAAAGGUGAAUAAAAGAAAUAAUAAAUAAACUAUAAACCUCACGCUGUUGAAUUUCAAUAUCCAAUCUUUCAAUUAUCAAAACAAAGAUUAAAGAAAAUUUCGUCAACCAAUUUCCCUUUUCAUCUCUCCCAAAAUGGAUCGCCGGAAAGAUGAGAUUUCUCCAACUUCCGGCCUCCAAAUUCCAUUAAUUAAUCCCCACAACCACAAAACUAACCAUUUUCCUUUCCUCUGUUCACUCAUCGCUUCCAUGGCUUCCAUUUUGGUUGGUUACGAUAUCGGUGUCAUGAGUGGAGCCGCAAUCUUCAUCAAAGAGGACUUUAAAAUCUCCGAUGUACAAGUCGAAGUCCUUGUUGGAAUUAUCAAUCUCUAUUCAAUUCUUGCCGCUGCCGCUGCCGGCAGAACCUCCGAUCGUAUUGGCCGUCGUUACACGAUUGUUCUCGCCGCUGGCUUCUUCUUUGUCGGCGCCAUUCUCAUGGGGUUCGCCCCAAAUUAUGCUUUCUUGAUGUUUGGCCGAUUCUUCGCUGGUGCCGGCAUCGGAUAUGCCCCGUUGGCUGCUUCUGUCUACACCGCUGAGAUUUCUUCGGCAUCCUCUCGCGGUAGCUUAUUUACUCUUCAAGAGGUGUUAAUUAAUUUGGGUAUUUUACUUGGAUAUGUUUCAAAUUACGCAUUCUCCAAGCUUCCCGUUCAUCUGGGGUGGCGAUUUAUGCUUGGAAUUGGUUUAGUUCCGUCGGUGUUUUUGGCCGCCCUCGUGAUUCUGGUGAUGCCGGAAUCGCCACGGUGGUUGAUAAUGCAAGGUCGUGUGGGUGAAGCAAAACAAGUCCUUAUCAAAACCUCUGAUUCCAUCGAAGAAUCUUUACACCGCCUCGUUGACAUAAAAAACGCCGUAGGCAUUCCACCGACUUGUGAAAACGACAUCGGUCAUGUACCAAAACUUAGCAUUCACGGCAGUGGCAUUUGGAAAGAGCUCUUCCUCCACCCCACACCGGCCGUUCGUCACAUCAUAAUCACCGUAGUGGGUCUCCAUUUCUUCCUAGAAGCCACCGGCACGGACGCCGUCCUUUUGUACAGCCCAAGAAUCUUCGAAAAGGCCGGAAUCACAUCCCCCGACGAAAAGCUUCUAGCAACGGUGGGAGUGGGGUUAACAAAGACUGUUUUCGUGUUGAUCGCCACGGUGUUAUUCGACCGGAUCGGGCGACGGCCGUUAGUUCUAGCGAGCAUUGGAGGACAAGCGAUAUCGUUGAUGGUUUUAGGAACAGGGCUGACGAUAAUGGAGAAGUCGGAGGAGCGAAUGAGGUGGGCAGUGGGGAUGUGUGUUGCCACGGUGUUAUCCGACGUGGCGUUUUAUUCAAUCGGGAUGGGGCCCAUGGGGUUCGUCAGCUCAGAGUAUUUUCCGUUGAAACUACGGGCUCAAGGGAUGAGCGUGGGAGUGAUGGUGAAUAGACUCGUAGGAGCAAUAGUUACAAUGACGUUUUUGUCAUUGUAUAGUGCUAUUACUAUUGGUGGCGCUUUCUUCUUAUACGCUGCUGUUGCGUUGCUUGCUUUGGUGUUCUUUUAUGUUGUGUUGCCGGAGACAUAUGGGAUGAAUUUGGAAAGUGUUGAGGGGGUUUUUGGUAAUUUGAAUUGGAAAUCUUCGUAAUGAUGUGGUGUGGUGUGAAAGUGAAAGUGAAGUGAUGAUCACAAUUGACGAUUACAAAGUGUGGAUAUCUUACUUUUUGAAAUAUCUGCUAUAAACAUAUACUACACUUGAGAAUUGAUGUUGUUUAGUCUAUUUCAUUUAGGUUGUUAUCUUUCUUUCUUUCUUUUUUCUUUUUCUUUUUUUUUGUCAAGACAAAAUUGAUAUUAGUGGGAGUUGAUUAGUUGUGUACCAUCAAACUUAUGAUAUUGUUCUAAUGAAUGGUUAUAGAGAGAUCUUUACUUGUGUUCUA